UCCAUAUCCUUGGGUCCGGCAAAUAACAAGAUAACCUCAAAUACAUAAAAAGUUCGAAAGUUCCAAUCCUAUAAUAAAGAUAAUUGAUGAAGGUUGAGACAAAGUUAAGUUUAUAGCAUAAAACUUGAAACAAGAAAUAUGAGACUUUACGCAACAUUGCUCUCCCGUAUGGGUGAACUUUCCAAAAAGUAUUCUAAUUUACCGGAUAGUUACAUAAAACGCGUCACUGAACAGGUCUAUUGGAGAACUCCAAAAGGGCCACAGUAUCUUCCCCGUACGAUAGAAAAGACAGACUUCCGUUUUACAACAAACCGUCCAUGGACCCAAGAAUUCCGUCAACAAAACAAACAGCAUGAGCGACGCAAGUUUGUUCACGUCGAACCUUUGAAGGAUUGGAACUUUUUCCGUGGUGAUCGGGUUGAGGUAUUAGUAGGACAUGACAAAGGAAAGCAGGGAAUUGUCAAAAUGAUCUUUCAGGAGAGGAACUGGGUAAUAGUGGAAGGUCUUAAUACAGUUCUGAAACGUGUAGGGAAAAUCAAAGAAUUUCCAGGAAUGCUAGUUAAAUUUGAAACGCCAUUAUUAGUUACAACUGGGGUUAAACUGGUGGAUCCAAGUGACCUGCAAGCAACUGACAUCGAAUGGAAAUAUGAUAAUGCAGGAGUACGAGUACGAGUAUCUACUCGAACUGGUAGAAUAAUACCAAUACCAAUAAUGAAUCAAGAAACGAUAGAUUACAAGACUCCUCGGCUUUACAAACUCAAUGAUAAGGAUACACACCCCAAAGAAAUUACAAAAAUUACAUUUAAGCCCAGUUUAAAAACUUUUGAAAUGGACUUAAUGGACAAGAUGGGAAUAAAAGAAGAGCGUCACAGGAAACCAACUUAUUGGUAUUAGAAUUUUUUAAUACAAAUUAGUUAUAGUUAAAAAGAAUACUUUCUGGUCACGCAUUCAUGGAUAAUUUUAUAAUUUAAGUACUUACAUGAAGAAAUAAAAAUUGACAAUGCACAUACAAUA